AGAAAAGAAACAGAAAACAAAAACUUGAAAAAAAACAGAAAACAAAAAUUUUCAGAGCCAUCGUGAGUUCGUGAGCCAGUUCCUCUUUUAGCUCAGAGUAUUCCUUUCAUUUGCCCAAUCUCCUAAAUUCAUCUCGCUAAUCAUCCUUGUUGUAUACCAAGCCCUCAUUCUUUUCCUCUUUUCGUUUUGUUAGUUUGGAGAAUUUUGAAUUGCCCAGCUCACUGCUGUUGAAGGAUUGCACCGUUUUGUUGGCUCAAGUUUUAGCUCCAAUUUAGCUCGUAGGGAUGCAAUAGUCCAAAAUCAGCUGUUGGACUGCAUUACCAGCUGGAUGGAUUCUAUGGGUGGAGGUAACAAUAUGACCACCAAUGCCAACUUGGCAUCAAAGCAUCGGCUUCGUUGGACUCAUGAGCUUCAUGAGCAAUUUGUUGAUGCUGUAGCACAACUUGGAGGGCCAGAUAGGGCUACUCCUAAAGGCGUUCUAAGAGUUAUGGGAGUUCAAGGGCUAACAAUUUACCAUGUCAAAAGCCACUUACAGAAAUACAGGCUUGCCAACUAUCUUCCAGAUUCUUCAUCUGAUGGGACAAAAGCUGAAAAGAAAGAUUCUGGAGACAUGUUUUCUGGCUUAGAUGGUUCAUCAGGUAUGCAAAUAACUGAAGCACUGAAGCUGCAGAUGGAGGUUCAAAAGCGAUUGCAUGAGCAAUUGGAGGUGCAGAGACAGCUACAGUUGCGGAUAGAAGCCCAAGGAAAGUAUUUAAAAAAGAUUAUUGAAGAACAAAAACGCCUAAGUGGAGUUCUCCCAGAAGCACCUGCCUUGGGUGCUUUUGUACCUGAAACAGAGGGAAUUUUCCCUGAAUCUGAGAACAAAACUGACCCAGGGACCCCUGCUGCAACUUCCGAGCCCCCGUUUGGCAACAAGCUUGCCGAAGAACUUAAUCCAGCCAAGUGCAUUUCGUUAGAUGAGUCCUCUCAUGACGCUCCACAAACACCUGAUUCUGAUUGCCGUGUGUCUUCACCACCACUCAGCCCAAAUGAGAGACCAGACAAAAAGCAGCGCAGGAGCACUAACAUUGCAUGCACAGCACAAGAAAUGGUUCUGAGCCACUCAGUACUGGAGUCGAGCUCAAGUCCCCCUUAUCAGGAGCCAGAUUCUAAUUUCUUGGCCAGAGAAUAAUCUGGUCAUUAAUCAGGGUUAGUCAUUGCAGGCAAAAACCAGUUACAGAGGGUCACAAAUAGCGACGAUUAAUCCGUUAUGAUGUAUGCUUAUUGUCACCUUGUAUGUCUUGUAUCUGAAACACGUAUCUGUACUAGGUAGAUGAACUUCUGGCGUAUAGAUCUAAUGAAAUGAGUAUUUAGCUUUAAUAAGCUUAGAUUCUGAGGAGGUGAAUUCUGGAAGAUUACUGUUCUUUCACCUAAAUAACACGCAGAUGAUUGAAUGCGAUAGCUGUUCCUGAC